AUGGCGUCGCCAGCGGUCAUAUCCAGCGAUGCUGGGUUCAUGACUUCAGAUCGCUCCCUGGGAACCCCGCGCGCAGCACGACUGCCGGGCUCCUCAAGCGGCCGGCCUGCAGCGCCACCGUCCGAGAGUCUUGGUGCGCUCAGCGAUGGCGAGGGCGAGGGUUUCGCCGACGACCAGGUCCCGGUGCGCGCGCGGCCAACAGAUCCCGCCAAUAUCCCAAGGGUCGAAGACAGGAUCGGCCUCAUCAUCCAACAGUCGUUCGAGGACUUCAUCGAGGGAUACGUAGAGACGCCUAGAGCGUCCGGCCAACCAACCUCGAGCGCUGUCACUACCGACAAGUACUACAUCGCGCAGAUCCACGGCAUGCGGACCUACCAACUGUCGACCUUCUACGUCGACUGGAGGCACCUCGAGAGCUGGAACAACGGCGCGCUGGCGAACGGCAUCAUGGAGUCGUACUACCGUUUCCUCCCGUUCCUGACGGCCGCGCUGCACAACAUGAUCGCCAAGUACGAGCCGCAGUACUUCCGCGAGCACCGGCAGCCGACGGCGUCCAGCCAGCAGCACACGUCGGGCGCCAGCAACAUGGGGUCGGGCAGCCAGAGCGAGCUCGGCAGCAAGACGGCCAACCAGCAGACCGACAAGCUCUUCGCCAUCGCCUUCUACCACCUGCCGCUUAUCUCGCGCGUGCGCUCGCUGCGCGCCCGCAACAUUGGCCAGCUGCUCUCCAUCAGCGGCACCGUCACGCGCACGUCCGAGGUGCGGCCCGAGCUGGCCCAGGCCACCUUCGUCUGCCAGGCCUGCCGCAGCGUGGUGCCGGACGUGGAGCAGACCUUCCGCUACACCGAGCCGACGCAGUGCCCCAACGCCACGUGCCAGAACCGGACGGCAUGGCAACUGGACAUCCGCCAGAGCACGUUUGUCGACUGGCAGAAGGUGCGCGUGCAGGAGAACAGCAGCGAGAUCCCCACGGGCAGCAUGCCGAGGACGAUCGACAUCAUCCUGCGCGGCGAGAUGGUGGACCGCGCCAAGGCCGGCGAGAAGUGCAUCUUCACGGGCGCCCUGAUCGUCGUCCCGGACGUCAGCCAGUUGGGCCUGCCCGGUCUCAAGAGCGUGGCCGUGCGCGACGACCGCGGCGCGGAAGCCGGCGGCAGCGGCGUGAGCGGUCUGAAGUCGCUGGGCGUCCGCGACCUCACCUACCGCCUCGCCUUCCUGGCCUGCAUGGUGAGCUCCGACCUGUCGUCCAUCGGCGCAUCCGGCGAGGCCCAGAUCGUCGACAUGGUCGGCACGCUGACCGCGAGCGCCAACGCCGAGACGGCCGAGACGGUGAAAGAGCUGCAGGAUGCCGUGCUCGCCUCGUACACGCAGGGCGAGAUCGAAGAUCUCCGCGCCAUGGUGCACAGCGACCACAUCUACUCGCGGCUGGUGCACUCGCUUGCGCCCAUGGUCUACGGCCACGAGAUCGUCAAGAAGGGCAUCCUGCUGCAGCUGCUGUCCGGUGUGAGCAAGACCACGCCCGAGGGCAUGCAGCUCCGCGGCGACAUCAACAUCUGCAUCGUCGGCGACCCGUCCACGUCCAAGUCGCAGUUCCUCAAGUACGUCUGCAACUUCGCCCCGCGCGCCGUCUACACGUCGGGCAAGGCCUCGUCCGCGGCCGGUCUCACGGCCGCCGUCGUCAAAGACGAGGAAACCGGCGAGUUUACCAUCGAGGCCGGCGCGCUCAUGCUGGCCGACAACGGCAUCUGCUGCAUCGACGAGUUCGACAAGAUGGACAUCGCCGACCAGGUGGCCAUCCACGAAGCCAUGGAGCAGCAGACCAUCUCGAUCGCCAAGGCGGGCAUCCAGGCCACGCUCAACGCGCGCACGUCCAUCCUCGCGGCGGCCAACCCGGUCGGGGGCCGGUACAACCGCAAGACGACGCUGCGCGCCAACAUCAACAUGUCGGCGCCCAUCAUGUCGCGCUUCGACCUCUUCUUCGUCAUCCUCGACGAGUGCAACGAGGCCGUCGACCGCCACCUGGCCGAGCACAUCGUCGGCAUCCACACGCACCGCGACGCCGCCGUCACCCCGGAGUUCUCGACCGAGCAGCUGCAGCGCUACAUCCGCUUCGCGCGCACCUUCCGCCCGGAGUUCACCGACGAGGCCAAGGAGGUGCUCGUGCAGCGGUACAAGGAUCUGCGCGCCGACGACGCCCAGGGCGGCGUGGGCCGCAACAGCUACCGCAUCACCGUACGGCAGCUCGAGAGCAUGAUCCGCCUGUCCGAGGCGAUCGCCAAGGCAAACUGUGUCGACGACAUCACGCCCGACAUGGUGAACGAGGCGUAUAACCUGCUGCGGCAGAGUAUCAUCUCGGUGGAGCACGAUGACGUGGAGGUGGACGAUGACGAGGAGGAGGGGGGCGUUGUGGACGGCGGCGCGGCAUUGAGGCAGGCUGCGGAUGCCGCCUCCGGAGCUGUGAAUGAUGUUGACGACCCGAUGGAGGAGGACGGCGAAGCCCAGCAGGCCGACCGCCAGCCCUCGGCCGCGCCGUCACACCAGACGACGACGACGACGGCGCAGAAACAGACCAUCUCAUACGACAAGUACAUCAGCAUUGUCAACAUGCUGGUGUCGCGCGUGGCCGAGGAUGAGACAGCGGGCAGCGGCGAUGGCAUCGACGGGGAUGCGCUGGUGGAGUGGUAUCUGGAGCAGAAGGAGGAGGAGCUGAAGAGCGAGGAGGAAUACAACAAUGAGCUGGCGCUGGCCCGGAAGGUGCUGAAGAAGAUGGUCAAGGAGAAUAUCCUCAUGGCCAUCCGCGGCCAGGGCAUGACUGAUGGCGCGGAGGGCGGCAAUGGCAAUGACAAUGACAACAACGCUGGCGAGGGCAGCUCGGCGCAGGCGGCGCGGAUUGUUUAUGUGCUGCAUCCUAACUGUGCGGUGGAGGAGUAUUGA